UCAUGAUCACAUGCACAUAACGUUAAAGCUCUUUUUCAUGCAAGGUUCUGAGCUCGGGCCCCAGCACACUGUUAGGCUCCCCGGCAAGAUAAAAGACUGGCGGUGGGAGCUCGAUUCGUGAUCUGCUAUCACCAUGUCUUCUUCCUUCACUUAUCAGUUUGACACACCGACCUACAAGGGCACCUCGACAGUCCCCACUGGCCUAUUUAUCAAUGGAAAGUUUGUUGAACCCGUAGAGAAGGGCACCAUCGAAGUUCUGAAUCCGGUCAAUGGAAAGGUCAUAACCUCGGUCGCCGCUGGCACUGCUGCAGAUAUCGAUAUUGCCGCUAAGGCUGCAAAGAAGGCUUACAAAGAGCGAUGGGGCUUGAAAGUCCCUGGUGCCCAAAGGGGCAGAAUGCUCAACAAACUUGCAGACCUCCUCCAAGCAAACGCUGACGAGUUCUCUGCCUUGGAGGCUUUGGACGUAGGUAAAGCCUUCAGCGUGGCCCGGAAUGCUGAUAUUCCUGGAUCUGUCGCUGUCCUAAGGUACUAUGCUGGAUGGGCGGACAAGAUUCAAGGGAAAACUAUUGAGACGAACGAAAAAAAGCUGGCUUAUACGCGUCACGAGCCCAUUGGAGUGGUGGGCGCGAUCAUUCCCUGGAACUUCCCUCUCACGAUGCUGUCAUGGAAGAUUGGCCCAGCUCUGGCAGCGGGAAACGCUGUUAUCCUGAAACCCUCUGAGCUGACACCAUUGACUGCGCUUCGUCUCUGUCCUUUGUUUGUUCAAGCGGGUUUCCCUGAUGGUGUCAUCAAUAUCGUCAACGGAUACGGUAGUACCGCAGGUCAAGCCCUCAGUGAACACAUGAUUGUCGACAAGAUAGCCUUCACAGGGAGCACAUUGACUGGGCGGAAGAUUAUGGAAGCCGCUUCCAAGACCAAUUUAAAGAAGGUUACUCUUGAGCUUGGCGGUAAGAGCCCCAGCGUCAUAUUCGAUGAUGUAGACCUGGAGCAGACCGUCAAGUGGGUUUCACACGGUAUUUUCAUGAACCACGGACAAGCGUGCACCGCAGGUUCCCGCAUAUUCGUUCAAGCAGGGAUAUAUGAUAGAUUUUUGAAGGCGUUCACUGAGCAUGCCUUGUCUUUGAAAGUCGGCGAUCCAUUUGCUCGAGACACUUACCAAGGUCCACAAGUUUCGCAGACGCAAUUUGAGCGGAUCAUGGGAUAUAUCAAGUCUGGUAAGGAGGACGGUGCAACCGUUCACAUCGGUGGAGAACGUCAUGGGAACGAGGGCUACUUCGUUCAACCGACCAUUUUCACGGAGUGCAAGCCGAGUAUGAAGAUCGUGCAGGAAGAGAUAUUCGGUCCCGUGGCUGCGAUCAUCAAGUUCACCACGGAAGAAGAGGCUAUUGAGCAAGCGAAUGAUACUCUGUAUGGUCUUGCUUGCUCUGUCUUCACCAGAGAUAUAGACAGAGCAAUUCGAGUCGCACAUAGUAUCGAAGCUGGUACCGCAUGGAUCAAUUGUCACAACUCCACGGAGUUGAGCGUUCCGUUUGGAGGUUUCAAACAGUCAGGCAUUGGGCGUGAGCUUGGCGAAUAUGCUUUGGAACACUACACAAAUGUGAAGGCUGUUCAUGUUAACAUCGGACACCGUCUUUGAAGGGCAGGCAUAUGCCAUUGCUUUGUAUCAAUAUUAUUGAAGUGACGUUUGUGAAGAAAAUGGAGUACCAGUGAAUUUAAAAGGACCCGAUGUAUCUAUGCUGCCAUUUCUAAUGUAUAGCCUCUCUUUAUAUCUGUGGAAUACGGCAGUAUCAGCCAAAGUUUCAUUUCACUUCUGUCU